AUGCUCCCCUCCCCUGGAGGCGGCAGCGUGGGGCGCUUCGGCCUGCUGGCGCUGCAGCUCGCGGUGCUGGGCCUCCUUGUGGCGCAACAAGCCGCAGCACAGAGCUGCGAUGCCUCGUUCCGCGGCAAGAGCGCCAAGCUGGUCAUGAUUGAUGCCACAAAGCUGACCGACCCCUAUGCCGUCUGCCUGGGCCAGUUUGAGAUUUACAUAAACGACACCUCAUGCGCCCUCACCGUCACCCCGGCGGCCUUCAACUCGCAGCUCAAAUACAAAAGCACGAUGUGCCCCACUGCAGUCCUCAAGGGCGGCGCCGUCAUCGGCUCCGACCUGAAUGCCGCUCUGAAGCGCGCGCUCCAGACCGCCACCUUUGCCGCCACCUACGUCAAGGGAGCCACCUUCCAGGCCGAUUACAUGGGGGUGGUGGUGAACACCACCAGCGGCAACCCGCAGGUGGCCUCCUCGGUGACUUAUGCCGUUGAGAGCUCCGACUUCUCCUGGCCGGAGCUGGCCACUACCCAGGACCUGUGCGGCCCCACCCCCGACUGCUCCGCCCUCGUCUCGCCCUGCCCCGACGGCCGCUACAACGACGGCGCCGUGUGCGCCAUCUGCCCCGCGGGCCACGAGUGCGCGGACGACGCGCUGACGGUGUGCGCGGCGGGCAGCGUGGCGCCGUACGCGGGGACCGCGGCGUGCGCGCUGUGCGACCUGGACACCUACCGCUCCACCGCCGGCGGCUCGUACUGCGAGCCCUGCCCCGACAACGCGUACGCCCACUUCAGGGGCUCCACCGGCUGCCUGGCCUGCUACUUUGGCAUGCCCAAGGUGGUUGCGGGCGAGAUCGACGGCGUGGCGGCAUUUGAUGUGAUGCCCAACGAGCAGCCCCGGCCGGGCUACCGCAUCGCCACGCUGCCUGCUGCCAGCAGCCUGCACUCCUGCACGCUGGAGCACCCCUUCAACAGCGGCUAUACCGCCUGCGAAACCACCGACGGCCGCAUGAUUGCCAUCGAGACCGACGUGACCUGCGAAGUGCGCGUGUUUGUGCUGGGCGACAGCAACGCGUACCAGACCCUGCACACCAUCGCCUCUCGCCCCGGCGACGUGGCCGCGGUCAGCGGCAGCCUGGUCAGCCUGGAGCUGAGCCUGGAUGGCCCCAGCCCCUCGAUCGUCCUCACAGACGGCUCCCUGUCCUGCACGGACACCGGCCUGUCCGUGCUGCCCUUCGACACCACCGGCGCCGCCACCUGCCCCGCCGGCACCAGCGGCGAAGUGCAUGACCAGGAGGGCGACUCGAUCACCGUGUUUGUGAAGAAGCAGUGCGCCCCCUGCGGCCCUGGCUACCAGUGCGCCGCCGGCGCCGCCGCCGGCUGCUCGGCAGGGCGCUACAACCCGCUGCUGGGUGCCUUCGCGGCAGCCCAGUGCAUCACCUGCCCCGCCUACUCCACCAGCGGCCCUGCGGCCGACGCCUGCCAGGAGUGCGCCGCCGGCACAGCCCCUUCCCCUACCAACCCGGGCGCUUGCGAGCUCUGCCCUGCCGGCACCUACAGCAAGUACCCGGGCAGCCCCUGCCUGGACUGCCCCGCGGGCACCUUCCGAGUGGAGGGCGGCGGCGACGGCACCACCUGCUCCAAGUGCCCUCCGGGCUCCUACUCGGGUGCCAAGGCCUCGUCCUGCAUCCAGUGUGACGACGGCUACGCCACCCCCAGCGAGGGCUCCUCGUCCUGCUCCCCAUGCGGCCCCGGCACCUUCUCCUUGGGAGAUGGCUCCUAUACGUGCAACACGUGCCCCGCCGGCACCUACUCCAACCAGCAGGCCAACGGCGCCUGCACCGAGUGCCCUCCCGGCCAGAUCACUGUGAAUGUGAACGGCGAGGGCGCCACGGCUUGCGUGAAGUGCCCCGUGGGCACCUGGAAGCCCCCCGGCGCCACCGACAACAAGUGCCGCUCCUGCCCCGCCGGCCACCAGACGGGGAGCACCCAGGCGGGCGCCUCCACCUGCACCGAGUGCCCCGUGGGCCGUUUUGCGCUCAACCCCAACACGCCCCUGUGCACACCCUGCGCCAAGGCCUACUUUGCCGCCACCACCGGCCAGAAGGUCUGCAAGGCCUGCCCCGCCGGCCAGAUCACCGACACCAGCGCGGUCAGCGGCGCCGCGGCCGACGGCACCGGCGCCAAGGGCUGCAACCCGUGCCCGGCCCGCCGCUUCCGCCCCUCUAUGUACGCCGCCAACUCGUGCACCAUGUGCCCGCGCGGCCGCGAGACAAAGGUGGCCACUGGCGCCUCCCUGUGUGUGGCCUGCAUCCCCGGCACCACCCAGCUGGCCACAGCAGACUUUAACUGCACCGCCUGCGGCCCCGGCGAAUUCGCGGAGAAGCCUGGCAAUUCGGGCGCCUGCAAGAAGUGCCCCAAGGGCUACUCCGUGCCUGAUGCUGGCAACAGCGCCUGCGACAUCUGCGGCCCCGGCACCUACCAGGACGAGGAGGGAUCCCUGGAGUGCAAGGACUGCCCCGUGGGCACCUACACCGAGAUGGCCGGCAGCACCGACAUCUCUGCCUGCCUGCCCGCCCCCAAGGGCAACUACGCCCCUGGCACUGGCAACGAUGGCUUCAUCCCCUGCGAGGGUGGCACCUACCAGGACGAGGAGGGCCAGGGCGCUUGCAAGCCGUGCCCGCCCGGCAACCAGUGCCCCGCCGGCUCCGUGGCUCCCACCAAGUGCCCCCCUGGAUUCUACGCCGACUCCCGGCAGCCGUGGUGCAAGGAGUGCGCCAAGGGCACCUACCAGAACACCGAGGGCCAGCGCGCAUGCAAGCCCUGCCCCGCCGGCAGCUACUGCCAGGCCACCAAGAUGGUCACCCCGACUGCCUGCCCCGCCGGCAAAUACGGCAUCAAGUUCUCUGCCAUUUCGCCCACUGACUGCGCCGCCUGCCCCAUCAACUCUUUCACCCGCAUUGUUGGCCAAACCAAGUGCACCAAGUGCAGCACCGGCCUGUGGACCGCACGCAAGAAGGGCCAGAAGCUGUGCUGGGACAACACCAAGACGCUGCCGCCCGCAAGAUGA